GAAUAAUCUAAAAUGCAAGACGAGCUAAGUUACCCAACUUUACAAUGUUAGAUAGUUCCAAAUGAUUAAUAAGCUGAAAACGGUUUUAUUAGUUAAUUGUAAGAAAUAUCCUUGUACAAAAAAUACUUUUGUCUGUAAAUUCGAUUUUUUCUGUUUUAAUGUUGUUUACUGAUUUCUGCUGUUGGAAACAAUUCUUAUUGUCUACGAUAUUUUGAGUCUUUGAAAAAUAAAAUGCCAGUCUAAAAUUGAAAAUUAUCCGGCACUGAUUGAACCAAAUGUCAUUGAUUAUCGCGAGCAUGAUUAGUAAUUAGAAGAAAUGUUUUGCUACGGAAAACUACAAUAUUUUUCUGAACGAUUGAUUACUGAUCUCAUGCGUCACACUGUUACACUAUUCCCAGAUGUAUCUUAUAGACUAAUUGUGAGUAAAUACUGAAAUGAGUUAAUCCAUUAGUUAUAUGGACUCUUGUAAUUAGCAGGUACAGUGUUAAUCAGGGGAGCAACAGUAUUACCGAAUUAUGAGGACUGCGAGGAUUAAGAAAAAGCUUCGUACGUUAAUGUUGUUAAUCGCAAGCAGUUCACCAAACGUCACGCUAAUAAUUUGGUUCUUCUGAUAUGUGCUACUCGCCUCUCGGUAACUGCGUUAGUACGUAGAAAAUCGUAUUGUGUGUGUGUGUGUGCAACGUUUAGCUGGGUUCGGCCAAUCCUGGAAAAAAAUCCGUGAAAGACAACUGCAAUUUUCGAGAGAAGCGAGAUACCGAGAGACAAAAAACAACCAAGACUUUGGCGCAACGCCGCGUCGUGUGAGUCGUUAAUCACACACUUAAUCGCCAAGCAAAUUGAAGAGUCAAACGACCACUGAGAUGGAGAGAACGAACAAAGAAGAGGAGGCAGCUUGAUUCUCCAAUUUGCGCGAAACCCAGGAGCUAAGAAGAUGCUAGAGUACUGGAUGGGGAGCAACGCAAGCGCCUUGAACGCGAGCGAGUACAAGAUCCAGGAGGUGAUCGAGGACCCGGCCUCGGCCAGUCUGUUCGCCGGCUACCCAUACUGGCUGCUCUACUUCGCCGCCGGCUGCUGCCUGCUGUUCAUGCUCAUCGGCAUACCCGGCAACCUCAUCACCGUCGCUGCUUUGUUCCGCUCCAAGAAGCUCCGAAACGCCACGGCGGUCUUCAUAAUGAACCUGUCGAUGUCGGACCUGAUGUUCUGCUGCUUCAACCUGCCGCUGGCGACGUCGACUUUUUGGCACGGCGCCUGGCUCCACGGACCGCUGCUCUGCCGGCUGUUCCCGCUGCUCAGGUACGGCCUCGUGGCCGUCAGCCUGUUCACCGUGCUGGCCAUCACCAUUAACCGCUACGUCAUGAUCGGACACCCACGACUCUAUCCCAAACUGUACAAGCCGAAUUAUCUGAUGCUGAUGGUCGUGGCGACGUGGAUCGGCGGCUUCGGCGCACUCGUGCCCACGUGGUUCGAGCAGUGGGGCCGCUUCGGCCUCGACCCGGCCAUAGGCUCUUGCUCCAUCCUGCCCGACCUGCACGGGCGCAGCCCCAAGGAAUUCCUCUUCAUCCUGGCCUUCCUCGCGCCCUGCAUCGCGAUCGUCGUCUGCUACGCUCGGAUAUUCUACAUCGUGAGGAAGACGGCCCUGAAGAGCCGGCGCAGGGACGAGACCACGCGGGAGUUCGUACACACGGCCUUCGACGUGAGUAGCCGAGUGGGCGCGCGGCGCGCGGCGCUCGGCGGCUCGGCCGGGCGUCGUCAACCGCGCCCCGACUGCUUUCAGGGAAAGUGCUCGGCGAGGAACACGGAGGACUCGGCGAUCGGCUCGAUGAGCUGCCAGGCGACACACACGACGCUCAGCGAGAACGGCGGCUCACCGCUCAAGUGCGAGCAGCACGGCCUGGCGGUGCUGGGAGUGGGCGGCGCCCGCGCGCGCUCGCCCUCGCUGCGCCAGGUCUCGCUGCCCAAGGUUGUGCCCGAGCUGCGCGUCCAGGGCCUGGUCGCGCGCAGCCUCGACAGCCUGCCCCACGCCGACGUGGCCGUAGUCCACUGCGCCGCCGGCCACGGCCUGUCCGGCUCCGAGCAGAUACUCGACACGCACUCGCUGCAGAAGGCCAGCGCCGACUCGAGGUUCCUCAGUCCGCCGGCCGUUUUCAGGUACGACGAGGUCUCGGACGACUGCACGAGCUCCCGCUCGGACUCGCCGUCGGAGCGGCGUCGCGCCAGCAACGUGAGCAGCCGUCGGGGCGAGCUGACGCCGACGAGCGGCAGCCGCUCGCUGAGGCGCGAGUCGCGCUUCCGCAGCGUGCGCGGGCGCAGCUUCGAGACGGGCAAGAUGACGGCCAAGGACAAGAAGCUGCUCAAGAUGAUCCUCGUGAUUUUCUCCUCGUUCCUCGUCUGCUACCUGCCCAUCACCAUCACCAAGACCUUCAAGGGCGCCGUCGACUGGCGCGGACUCAACAUCGCCGGCUACAUACUCAUCUACCUGACCACCUGCAUCAACCCCGUGAUCUACGUGGUCAUGAGCUCGGAGUACCGCAGCGCCUACAAGAACGUGCUGCUGUGCAGGAGCGAGUCGGCCACCGGCAGUCUGGGCAACGAGCGCAAACGCCGCAGGCGCCGGACGCGUAGGAAUUGA